AUGGGUAAAUCAGUAUCAAAACUAUCAAAGGAUGAUAUCAGAAAGCUUCAAGACAAUACUUAUUUUGAUAAACGCGAACUCCAACAGUGGUACAAGGGCUUUUUAAGAGACUGUCCGAGCGGACAAUUGACGGAAGUGGAUUUCGCCAAAAUCUAUCAACAAUUUUUCCCCUUUGGCGACCCCAAAGAGUACUGUCAUUACCUAUUUCGUCAAUUUGAUCAGGAUAAUUCCAAUUUCAUCGAUUUCAAAGAAUUCAUCUUGGCAUUUAGCAUAACUAGUCGUGGGAAUAGUGACCAGAAGAUUGCAUGGGCAUUUGAUUUUUACAAUUACAAUAGAACAGGAAGACUCACAUACAAUGACAUACUACCGGUUAUAAGUGCGACGUACAAAAUGAUAGGCCCAAUGGCUGCAUUGCCUCCUGAUGAACUGACGCCGGAGUUAAGAGCAGAGAAAUGGUUUACAUUAUUGGGAAAGAAUAAGGACACUGAUGUGAUUACGUUGGAUGAUUUUAAAAAGUUGGCCGAAAUUGAUCCACUGAUCAAAAGCGCAUUGGCGGGGUAUCUGGGUCUAGUAUAG